AUAUGUUUCCAGAUAUGGAGUGAGAAACAACAUGGGACACCCUUAACAAACUUCCCAAUUAUAUAUACAACUAUAAGAGUUGCCACAUUUUUCAGACACAAAGUAACCUCUUUUCUAUAUGUUUCAAUUCAUAAAAAAAAAUACACAUACAUUUGUACCUUGUACAACAACAAAAGCAAGAAAGAAAAAAAUGGCUCUUGAUCAAAAUGCACAACAAAGUAAAAAUAUGAACUUAAUUUUAUCAAGUGAUGCCAAGCCUAGACUAAAAUGGACUCCUGAUCUUCAUCAACGAUUCAUCGAUGCAGUCUCUCAACUAGGAGGUCCAGAUAAGGCUACACCAAAAUCAUUGAUGAGAGUGAUGAACAUUCAUGGGCUAACUUUAUAUCACCUCAAAAGCCAUUUACAGAAAUAUCGUCUAGGAAAAAGUCAGGUGACUGAUCAAUCUUUUGAUGAAAACAAACAAGAAGUUAAAUUGGAUUUGUGUGCAACAGUACCUGAUAAUGAUGAUACAAAGGGAAAUGAAAUCUCCAGAGGCUUAAAUCAGAGGACUUAUUUUGAUACAGAGUUGUCUCAGAGUGAUCAUCAGUUAUCUUUGGGAGUUUGUGAUGGAUCUCAGAAUCAGAUAAAUGAGAGUUCCCAAAUAGAAAGAGCUUUACAAAUGCAAAUGGAUGUACAAAGGAAACUUCAUCAACAGAUUGAGGUACAAAGACAUUUACAACUUAGGAUUGAAGCUCAAGGCAAGUAUUUACAAUCAGUUUUAAGGAAAGCACAAGAAACACUAGCAGGAUAUGGUACUUCUUCUAUUGGAGUUGAACUUGCUAAAGCUGAACUCUCUCAAUUAGUUUCAAUGGUUAACAUGGGAUGUUGUCCAAGUUCUUCAUUGUCAGCCAUAACAGAAGUUGGUUCAAUCUCAAAAAUCACACACACGAAAAAAUUGAAAGACGGAAUCUUGUGUUCGAUUGAAAGUUCAUUAACAUCUUCAGAGAGCUCAGCAAGAAAGGAGGAUCAAAAUGAUACGCAGAAUAAUAAGAAUAGUACUUCUAUUGAACUUCCAUUGAAUCAAGAAACUAAAGGGAAAAAAAGAAGUAGACAUAAUAUUUGUGAUGAACAAUCAUCCGCUAAAAGAUUUUUGGAGACAAUUGAUUUGAACAGUAAAUACCCAAAUGAGUAUGAUGACAAUGGUCCAAAAGUUAUAGACUUGAACUCCAAGGAAGUAGAGCAAUUCAAUGAAGUAUAGCUGUUAGUGUAUUUAGUAAUUUUUAAUUUUUUUUCUAAGAUUAUACUUUUUAGUUAUUCUCUAUAUAAAAGUCAUUGAUUGCUAUAGCUAGUAAUGUUGUUUAUAGAAAGAAAUAAUUAUAUGUAUAUUGUUUUGUGAAUGAAAUUGAAAGAACUUUUCCAAGUAUAUCCA